AAAGGUAAAUAAACAAUAACGCAGGUGGCGGAAACAGGUGUAGUACUCGAAGGCGUUGCGGUGUUCCCGCGGAUCGUAAAAUGGCCACCUGUGAGGCGGACUGCGACGCAGCACCUGUGCCCCUUAAAAUUAUGCCUAAGGACUAUGUCUACUCGCUCCUGGAGGACCCGCAGCGCAUCCUUUCCCCACCCACCGCGGUCGGGGAAACACUGGGCAUCCGCGGCAGCUUCGAGUACUUUCACUACGGCUGCGAUGGCCACCAGGACGCGGGCUGGGGCUGCGGUUACCGUACUCUGCAGUCUGCAAUUUCAUGGAUUAUACGUCGACGGGACAGCUCUUCGGUGUCAGUGAAGGACCAGCACGUGCCUUCGAUCCGGGAGAUUCAGCAGAUCCUGGUCAACAUUGGCGACAAGGGGGCCGGGUUCGAGGGCUCGCGGGAUUGGAUCGGCACCCUCGAGGAAUUCUAUGUAAUCGAUGUGCUCUACCAACUGCCCUGUCGAAUUCUGCACGUCAAGGAACUCGGGUCUGCAGAGGCGCUGGCGCAGAUUCGCAGCUACUUCGAGGAGUACCAGGGCUUCAUUGCCGUGGGAGGUAUCAGCGACACGGCCUCCAAGGCCAUUAUAGGCUAUCAUUGCAGUGCCGAGACUGGUCGGGUCUACCUGUUAAUUGUGGAUCCACAUUUCGCGAGCGUGCCCAGCUGCCGGCAGCAGCUGAUCGACGAAGGCUAUGUCCGCUGGGUGCCCGUCGACGAAUUCCCGGCCGGCACGUACAACCUGUGCCUCAUACUGCAGCCGUAGAUGCCACUGCCACUCUCCGUACUUAGUGUUUAGCAAUAAAACUCGGCUAUCGUUAGCUUUUGGUUCUAUC